UCCUCGGUGUGAACAUGUUUGAGAAACACUGAUCUGAAGUUAAAGUUGUCCCAUUUUACUUCGUUCCAACUGCAGUUCAGGUCAGUUUGAUCAUUUUCAUGUGCACACACUGCAGACUAACUCAGACAUUUGAAUACAAAGCAGAUCACAACGCUGCGUUGGAGUGAGAGGAGUUUUAUUAUAACUGCAGAAAUGGUUCGUCCUUCAGUUCUGGAGUGAACGCAGCUUCUUCCUCAGAAGAACCUGGGAACCCAAACCGAGCAGCAUGUGUGGCCCGUUCUCCAGCUUCCAGGGGAUUAUUCGCCUGGUGGAGAUGAUAUUCAGCGCUCUGGCUCUGGCCGUCGUCCUGUUCAGAGGCACGAUGGUCGUCCCCUGGGGCAUUUGGUGCGCGUUCGUCUGGGUGUUGUGCAUCGUCGUCCCCUUGGUGCUGCUCGUGAUGGAGAGCAAAGGCUGGCACAUCCUGCUGGUGGCGUUCCUCCCCAACUGGGCCGACCUGACCCUGGGCCUGACAGCUGUGUGCUGCAUCUCCGUAGUCUCCGCCACGGUGGCCUUCGCUGCUGUUUUCAUCUGCCUCACCUGCAUUGCAGACAUCCUGUGCUUCAUCUUCUCGCUGGUCGCCAUGGUGUGCUUUCUGGUCGACGUCGUCAAGCAGAGGUCGGCGUUCUGCAGAGGCUACAUGUCCAGCCUGAGAGGAACUCUCCGCAUAUUGGAGGCAUUUGUCGCCUGCAUGAUCUUCACCGCCGCCGCCGACCAUUUUGUGAGAGGGAAAUGGUUCUACAAACCUUCCGGGAUGAUACUGUGCGCCGUUAUCUUCGGAGUUUGCCUCCUGGACACCGUGGCCAUCAUCGUCCUCAACCUGCUGAAGCUUUUGCAGUGUCUGCUGGUGUUCAGGCUGAACCUGGUGGAGUUUGUGUUUAACAUAGUGGCGGUGGUGCUGUACGUGCUUGCUGUCAUCCUGUGGACCGUGUUUGGCUACAGUCGCUACAGGCACAACCCUUACACCUGCAUCAAAUGUUCCUACGCAGACAUGAACGCCGUCACGGUGGGAAGCGCUUUGAACCUCGUUCUUUACAUCGUAGACCUGAUUCUAUCCAUUAAGUCACUGUAGAAAAGUUCAGAUGUGACUUUAUUAUCCCAGGCUCUGUCAUUUGGUGAAUAAAGAUGAAAACAGCUGUGAAGUUUGAGGUUUGUCUUCUUUUACUGGAGCUGGAAACAUCAGUUGAUAUUUGGCUAGAGCAGAAUUUUAUGCGACUCUGUCAAGUAUUUUUGGCUUAGUUUCUGGUGCAAAUAUCUGAGUACACUUGAAAUAAGACAAAGCUAACAU